UGCCCGAAAAACCUCUGUUGCUUGAGUCCUUUUGUAUCUCUCUCAGCCCAAAGGCUGAGACCCCGGCCCAAAGGAUGUGGGAGUUGCGUUCCUUAGCCUUCUCUCGGGCUGUCUGUGCAGAAUUCUUGGCCACACUUCUAUUUGUCUUCUUUGGCCUGGGGUCAGCCCUCGACUGGCCUCAUCAGCCCUCUGACCUGCAGAUCUCCCUUGCCUUUGGUCUGGCCAUUGGAACCCUGGUACAAACCUUGGGCCAUGUGAGCGGAGCCCACAUUAACCCAGCUGUGACUGUUGCCUGUCUUGUGGGUUGCCACGUCUCCUUCCUCCGAGCUAUUUUCUACGUGGCUGCCCAGAUCCUGGGGGCUGUAGCUGGGGCUGCCAUUCUCCAAGAGCUCACCCCACCCGAAUUCCGGGGGAAUCUGGCCAUCAAUGAGCUCAGUAACAACACAACUCCUGGCCAAGCUGUCACCAUGGAGCUCUUCUUGACCCUACAGUUGGUCCUCUGUAUCUUUGCCUCCACUGACGACCGUCGAGAGGACAACAUUGGCUCCCCAGCCCUCUCCAUUGGCUUCUCAGUGGCCCUGGGCCACCUCCUGGGGAUCCACUAUACCGGCUGUUCCAUGAAUCCAGCCCGUUCCCUGGGCCCUGCAGUCGUCGUGGGCAAGUUUGAUGACCACUGGGUCUUCUGGAUUGGACCUCUGGUUGGUGCCAUACUGGGUUCACUCAUCUACAAUUACCUCCUAUUUCCUCAUGCUAAAAGCCUCUCAGAAAGGCUGGCCACUCUGAAGGGGAAGGAGCCAGAUGUAGACUGGGCGGAAAGGGAGGUGAGGAGGAGGCAAUCUGUGGAACUCCACUCCCCCCAGAGCCUGCCUCGAGGCAGCAAAGCCUGAUGUUCCUUUGGCCACCCCACACACACACUCCCUAGCCCCACCAGGCCCUCUGGGGCAAAGAGAAUGAACCCCAGAAACAGAGCAGCUAGGGGAACUUGGAGCUGUUGACUGUGGGGGUCAGAGCUUGUGCCCUAGAUUGAAGGUGGUUCUCCCAUCCACACACUACUGUGCCUCUCUUCCCUAUCCGGAUAGGAGACCACCUGCCUGCUCCUACCUAUGUUCUCAUCCUUCCAGUGAUGGAAGUUGGCCCCAGUACAGCAUCAGAAAAAGCUUCCUGUACAUUUGAUGCAGUGGGUGACCCCUGCACAGGAUGCACAUUGGGGGGGAGGGGAGCAGCAGGUACUGGUAGGUGUAAGAAGAAGAUCUGGGGCAAGGGAUGAGGUCAACAGACAGAAGCUGUAAGAACUGCUGAGCUAUUAGUGAAGAAGGAGCUUGGGAGAUUCCCCUGAUUGACCCUGGAAGCAGAAUCAAUUCCCACCUGUUUCUAUAACUCUGUCUGCUUUCUUUAAGAUGGCUCAGAACCCACAGAUCCACCUCUUCCCCUUAGUUCUCUAAAUAUUUAGAUUCCCUUAACUAGAGCUAAGAGCUGAGGGGCCUAGGGAUAAUAGGAUAUCAGUUACCACAUGCCAGUCAGUUUGUGCAUUUGGGGUUAUGUGUUUUCAUAUGUAUCAAUGUAUAUGUUUGCACGUGCAGAUUACUUAUCAGCGUGUAUUUGUAUUUGCACAGGCAUGUUGUUGUGAUCAUACACAAAUGUAUUUCUGCACAUGUGACUGUGCUGUUUUAUAUGUAUAUAUUACUGUGAGUGUGUGUGUGUGUGUGUGUGUUUGCACAGGCAUAUUUGGCUGUGCCCAGGAGUGAGCACCAAUUCUUGAUUGUGUGUCUUUGAGGAUGAAUGUCUGGAAGCA